AUGCCGACUGAAAUAAGAGAAUGUAAUUGUAAGAAGAGAAAUUACAAUACCAGGAAUUGUUCAAGAGAGGACAAGUUUUUCCAAGGGUCAUCUAAAACACAGCUUGACAAGAAUAAAGUGAAACUGGGACAUUCAUCUGGAAUCUUGUAUACUGCAAAUGAAGCCCAAAACAGAAUCCUAGAGAUAAGGGAUAAUCGUCAAGGCAAGACCCAAGAGAACAACAUAGCUACAAAUACAGUCAAUAAGGAAUUGAAAUGUACCUGUGAAGAGAUUCGAACAGCUAGUGAUGAGGACGUCAGAGCACCAAGUGAGGAGGAGCAAAUGAAAAGUGUGGAAAACAAUCAUCCUGUGAAGACAAAGAAAGAAGUAAGAUUUGACCCUCGAGAUGAUAAGAAUGAAGUGGUAAAAGUGCCAAUUGGUACUAUUAUAAUCAAGAAAUACAAAGAAUCUAGUGGAAAAGAAGCUGAUGCAUACAAAGUAGAAUUGGGUUUUUGCAAUUAUGAGAUCAUACUUACUGAGUGA